CAUUUGAUUUUUAUAAUCUCACAAUUCUGAAAGUUAAAAAAAGAGACAUAAAAAAAUUGAAUGUAUAAUUAAAAAUCACUCUCUUCACUCCUUUUAUAUAUCACAAUUCCCAUGCAUAUUAUAGAGCCUAGUCCACACACACAACAACAUCAUCUCAUAAAACAGCAAAAGUUUGACAUGGUCUCUCUUGAACCUGAACCUGUUCAAGGUAACCUCAUCAGAUCUAGUGAUGCACCUUCAAGUCCUAGUAGAAUAUCUUUCUCAGCAGAGUUUUUAGAUGAAAAUAACUUCAUCUCCAUAAGUCCAAACCCUCAUGAGUAUGCAGAAAGAGAUCAAGAGAAGAAGGAACACGAUGAAAGAUAUUCAAAGAACACAGAUCAGUUUGAGUUUCUGUCAAACAACAUGAGCAACAACAACACAGUUUUAACUGCCGAUGAGCUUUUCUUUGAAGGAAAAAUGCUUCCUUUUUGGCCUGUGCAGCAUCUAGAGAAGCUCAACAAGAUCAACAUCAACCUCAAAGCCAAAGAUAUAGAAGGAGUAGAAGGAGAAGUAGAAGAAGAAGAGGAAGAAGAGAUUGAAGUGGUUGUGAACAACAAAGAGGAUAAUAGAGUAAAUUGGUUUGUUGAUGAUGACCCUUCUCCAAGGCCACCAAAGUGCACUGUUCUAUGGAAAGAGUUAUUAAGGUUGAAGAAGCAACGCGCUUCUUCUUUAUCACCUUCUUCUUCUUCAUCAUCUUCAUCGUCUUCUGCUAGCUCACUAGGUGAUGUAGCUGCAAAAGAAGGUUCAAGAAACAAAGAGCAACAACAUGUGAAGAGGAUAAAAAAAGGGUUGGAAAGAACAAGAUCAGCUACUAUUAGAAUUAGACCAAUGAUUAACGUGCCAAUUUGUACACAGAUGAAGAGCAGUGCCUUGCCUCCUCUUUUUCCACUUAAGAAAGGAAAAUUAGAGAGGUGUUAAUUUGGAUGGAUCUGAGAAAAUUAUUACAAUGUAAAUUCUGACUUGUAUAAUCAUUGGAUUGUGCAUGCAUUGCAUUGGAGUUGGCAUCAUCACUAAACGCCAAAAAUAUGUUUCUGCUUUGUCUGAAUAGCUGACCAAGAAGGAGGAGAUAUUUCACAUGAUAGAUGCAGAGUUGUUCUGCAUGUGAGUCCCACAUGAGCAUCUAACAUCCACAAACAUUUGAAUCAGAGGAUGCUAUAUCAAUUAUUAUCAAAUUAAUAUCUGUUGAGUUUGUAAGACUUUUCUAGGAAAACAUAAUAUACAGACCAUAAUUUGAGUGUAUGCCUUUUGCCUUGCCCAAGUAAAUAUUUUUUUAAGAUGCCAAUUGCCAAGCCUUUGAUUUGAAACACAAAAGUUAUUAGUCAUGUGACAAGUUUAUUUUAUAUUAGCAGUGUAAAUGAUAAUAGUUUGUCUA